CACUUAUAUAUACCUAUACUCUUCUUGGUUGUUCGCAUACGCAUAUUACAGCUUCCCUUCUCUUCAUUAUUAUAUUUUGGGGGUCAAAUCCGCCGUUCAUACCAACUAGCUUCGCAUCGUUUCGAGGUACUAGUAUAGCUAUUCGGGCAUGGCGCCGGCUAGGUCUGACCAAGCUACUCAAGGUUCUGUCGGAGUUGCGUCAAGCCGUCCACAGGCAGAGCCCAAUGAGAGUACCGAAACUCGAGUUGUUAGCUCGGUGUGCGGUGUAGACAUGCCAGUCAAUGUCACUUUAGCGUUGCUACCAUCGCAAUCUAGUGAGCCGGCCCCAAGAGAUCAUACGGAGCUUCUCAGCUCCAUUGACAAUCUCUUCGGGCAACGCCAUGAUCACGGUUCGGUAGCAACGGCGCCAGCGGCAACUAGGUCUUCCUCUACGAGUAGUAGACCAACUAAUGGACGGCGACCUUCGCUCGAAAACGCGCUGAGAGGUGUCGGAACUCGAUUUGAUGGAGCUCAACCGUCAUCGGUGGGGUCGUCGGCGUCGAUGGGGCGACAAUGAGAUCGCGGAAAUUGUCGGUAUGAUUUUUAAGGCUUAAAAUAGUGGUGAAAGGCGGCAGAUUUUAGGCAGGAUCAGAUUCGGUGUAACCUGACCUGGCCAUGCCA